CGAUUGUGUUAUCGCUAGUAGUCCAUCUCUAAUCGCACGAGGUGAAGAAAUCGCAAAAAAUUUCGGAACGUUUAUUGAAUUAAACAUACAAAACAAUUGAAAAUGACGGAAGCAGCGGAAAUCAACGGCAGAGAAGAAGUGGAGGAUGACGAGCAGGAUCAAAAGCAAAAGAAAUCCGACGUGAAACGACAUGACGACGGCGCGGCAGAUUUGGAACGUGUGACGGAUUACGCCGAGGAAAAGGAGAUCUCUGCGGACAAUAUAUCCAGCGCCGUGGAACAGUUUGGCAACCAGCGUAACAAGGAGAACGAACUGCGAGUAGCCAAAGAAAAGGAGCUCCAGAAGGUCCAAGUCAAGAAGGAGGACAUUGAACUGAUUAUGAACGAGCUGCUGGUUAGCAAGGCGCAUGCCGAGAAAGUGCUCCGCGAGCAGAGCGGCGACGUGGUGGCCGCCUUGGAAGCCAUCAUCAGCAACUGAGGUGCUCGGGUUAUCCGUCUGUUCUUCUUUUAUGUAGCGUAACACUGCUUUAUUUGUACAUUUAUAAACUCUAGCGAAGAAAACAAUACAAAACAAGAUUUUUAAGCCCACAAGUUAGAGAAAGAGUGGCUAAACGAA